AUGGGGUCGGGAGAUUUGAAUUUGUUGAAGUCAUGGAAUCCCAAGCUUAUGAAAAACAGGAAAAAAGUAUGGGAGAUCGAGCAAGAUCUUGUUAACGAACAGCAGAAGCUCAACACUCGGUUGAAAGAAAUUGAAAAGGAACGUGAGUUAAAUGAACUACUAAACGAAUCAAAUAAGAACAAGACGGACGGUCUUAAGAACGACCUAGCUUUGAAGAAAUCUGGCUUGGAGUGGAUGUAUCAAGACGCAAAACUGAGUGACGAAAAAGAAGACUAUCUACUAGGUAAAAAAAAACUAGACUCAUCUAUACUAAACCAACGGGCCGCAACAGCAGUGGUAGUCCCUGCCGCGGGUACUGCUACUGGUGCCGCCUCAACUAGAGGUUUACCCAAGAAGAACUCAAAAGUGCUUAAGGACGAUCCUAUGAGUAGGUUUAAGAUAACAAAACAGAAGAGGAGAACUCCUGACACAUCAAAACCAAGAACCACUCUUCAGCGGGGGAAAUCACAGUCCAAGCCCGCUUUGGACCUGGACUAUUAA